UAGCGUUUGUCGCCAUUGAUGGCAUCAACAAGAUGCGGCAUUUACCCUCAAAAUCAAAGCUAUUCCGUUCACUUCACACAUCACUAUCACUAUCACUCACCAGCAAGAACCGAGCAGCAGAGCAGAAUUGCUUAUCUCUCCUCCAGCUCUGCGAUUCUCUGCCUAAACUCCUUCAACUCCAAUCACAUAUCUUCAAAUUAGGCCUACAAAGUAACCCCCUUGUGCUCACAAAAUUCACUUCCAUUUCCUCUGAACUUAACGCUAUUGCCCACGCUUCAUCAUUCAUCUUUUCCCCAUAUGUUGAAACCCAUUACUUUGAUACCUUUCUUUUCAACACCAUUAUCAGAAGUUACGCUGUAACUAGUGGUUUUAAGGAUAAUGCUUUGUGUUUGUAUGGCAAAAUGUUAAGUUAUGGUAUUUGGCCUAAUAAGUUUACCUACCCUUUUGUGCUUAAGGCUUGUGCUGGGAUUGGUGAGUUGAAAUUAGGCCAGACUGUUCAUGGGUCAGUGGUGAAACUUGGGUUUGAUGAUGAUUCUCAUGUUUUGAAUACUAUGGUUCAUAUGUAUUGUUGUUGUGAUGGUGGGGUUGAGUAUGGGCGGAAGGUGUUUGAUGAAAUGCGUAACUGGGAUUCAGUAGGGUGGAGUGCGAUGAUAGGUGGUUAUGUGAGAUGGGGUUUGUCUAGUGAGGCUGUAGGGUUGUUUAGAGAAAUGCAGGUUGUUGGGGUAGAACCUGAUGAAGUUACGAUGGUUUGUUUGUUGUCUGCGUGUAUAGAUUUGGGUGCGCUUGAGCUAGGGAAGUGGCUCGAGGCAUAUAUCCAGAGGGAGAAUGUUCCAAAGAGUGCUGUUCUUUGGAAUGCUUUAAUUGAUAUGUUUGCAAAAUGUGGUGAUGUUGAUAAAGCUCUGAGUUUGUUCAGGAGCAUGAGUCAAAGGAAUAUUGUUUCUUGGACUUCAGUUAUAGAUGGUAUGGCGAUGCAUGGCCGGGGAACUGAGGCUGUUUCUUUAUUUGAGGAGAUGAAGAAAGAUGGGGUUGUACCUGAUGAUGUUUCCUUUAUUGGGUUACUUACUGCUUGUAGCCAUUCGGCUUUAGUCGAACAAGGUAAGGGCUACUUUUAUUCUAUGACAAAGGAAUUUGGGAUUUCACCUAAGAUAGAACACUACGGAUGCAUGGUUGAUCUGUUAUGUAGAGCUGGACAUGUGCAAGAAGCAUUGGAUUUUGUUCAGAGAAUGCCCAUUAAGCCAAAUCCAGUAAUUUGGAGAACACUUAUUAAUGCUUGCCGUGCUCAUGGUGAGCUGACGAUUGGUGAAAAAAUAACAAAAGAGCUGAUAAAAUAUGAGCCUAUGCAUGACUCUAAUUACGUAAUGCUUUCUAACAUUUAUGCAAAAAUGUUUUCUUGGGAGAAGAAGACCAUGAUUAGGGAAGUUAUGGCGAAGAAGGGAAUGAGAAAGGUUCCAGGGAGCACUAUGAUUGAACUAUACAACGAAAUCUAUGAAUUUGUGUCAGGAGAUAAAAGUCAUAGUGAGUACAAAAUUAUUCAUCAGAUGGUGGAUGAUAUUGGAAAGGAGAUUAGAAAAGCUGGAUUUGUUGCUUCAACAUCAGAAGUGUUACUUGAUAUCGAUGAAGAAGAUAAAGAAGGCGCUGUAAAUAGGCAUAGUGAAAAGCUUGCUAUUGCAUUUGCCCUUAUGAAGACACCUCCUGGAACUCCUAUCCGAAUAGUGAAAAACUUACGAGUCUGUGAAGAUUGCCACUCUGCAACUAAAUUCAUCUCGAAGACUUACAAGCGAGAAAUAUUGGUCAGGGACAGAAACCGAUUUCACCGUUUCAUAGAUGGGGUUUGCUCAUGCAAAGAUUUCUGGUAGCUUAAUGUGCAUGAUGUUGUAACCAAUAUCAGUCAUGGCAACCAGGAGUGUCUUUUCAUGAGCAUUGUCAGCUGAACGGCUAAUCCAAUAUGUAUGGUCUUCUUGCGUAAACAAUGGAACUAAAAGUAUGAUGCUACAAAAGGAUAUUCAUUUUUUGGACGGUCUUCUUGAUUUUCUGAGUUUCUUUUGUAUCUUUGUCUCUCUGUGGAGGCAUUGUUUCGUUGGAGACGUUGUAAUCAUGGCAUCAUUGGCUUCCUUAAACAUCGUCACGAAGGCAGGUAUACUCAAUUGGUUGUCUUUGACUGGUAGAUGACAUUAAUACUGAACAAAGGUGAUGGAUGCAUGAGGCUUCUACAAUUGACAAACAAAACUAGUGCUCAUAAUAA